GUUUGACUUCACAUUUUUAGACACCAUGAUCUGAGAUAUCUGGACAUUACCCGCCACAACAACAACAUGAUUCGGUGAACACUCGCAGCUACGAGAAUUGCUCGUCAUGUCUGGAAGAAGGUUGCUGGAUUUGGCUGCACUUCUCAGCGCCUCUCGGGGAGUCGCUCAGAAGCAUAUUGCUCUGAGAAGUCGGCAACUUGAUGUUUACAAUAGGACCUCUACGGUAUCGAGAGCUUUGCGAAGCCAAACAGAACGGGUUACGGAAACGUUAAGAGCUGCGACGGUUCUUGCUUCGAGACUCAACGAGAGUGCACCAGAAUGGACAUACGAGGCAGAGGACACUUCUAGGGCAACUCAUAACGGGAAAGAGGAGCCGAGUCCUAGAAAGGAUCUGCCAGAAGUCGUUCCGGAUGUUGGAUCGAAGGAGGGGGUUGAACAGGACCAUCAUUAUGAUCGAUCACCGGCAAAUUCGUCUACAGAUGCACCCCCGGAGGAGGAAGUUCACCAAGAGAAGGCGGAUAGAUACCCUCUGCCAGACGGCACAAUACCACCUAAAGAUUUCAGUGAAAAUAGAAGAGAAAUAGACUCAGAUUCUACAUCAGUCAGGUCCCAAACCGAGACGUCAAAACAGCCUUUGAAAAAUGAAGGCCUAGAACCAAAAUCCACAGGAGAAUCGACUAUUCCUGUCCCAAAGCACCCCUCACCCCUCCCAGAUCAAUUAAAGACCGAGUUCCAAAUACCCUCAAAGACCGCAGAUGCGUUUGAUGACUCCGUUGAUAAGGAAAAGGAAGGGCAUGAUGAAGAAAGCUUUAGUAGAAGAUCAACACAUACCUCACCGGCAACUUCCUCACUACCUCAAUUCAAGAUUCCUGAGAACCCUUCAGACGUACAGGGACCUGAGCAUCCAGCAGAAGGCUCGCUAAAUCCGGAUACAUUUUACAGUGACCGUCGAACGGAGCCUGCAGCUGCCCCUGUAGAGGAAGAGAUCCCGGAAGGUGUCAACCUGAACCUUUUCCAUAACCCAAGAAUUGCGAGAAAACUUGGGGGGAGAGUACAGGGUGGAAGUAUUGGAUUAGGUGCGAAUAACCGAAAUCCAGAAAGAUCCAAUAUUGUAUUCGGGAAGCCGCCUACUACCGUCAACGAGAAAAAUGAAACCCAGAUUGAAUCGGAGAAUGAAACGAAGAGGGCUGGAGAAGACUUUUCAAGGAAUAUCUCCGAAGAAGGUCAGGUAAUUACUAAGCAUGCCAUCAGAAGAUAACACGUACUGAUGACUGACAGAGAUCUAGGUAGCUGGUGCUUCGCCAAAUGAACCUGCUCCAUAUGAGCUCAGAGAGUCCAAAGUCCCAUCUUCCAGGCUUGGGAGAAUCUGGAAUUAUGGUGGCCUGGCAGCUGGCAUGUUUGGAGGUGCGAUUACCGAAAGCAUUCGCCGAGUGGGAGGUGGUGGCGGAGAAGGGUCUUUCAUGCUCAGUGAAGCCAAUAUGGAAAGGCUUGUAGCCAAGCUAUCUCGCAUGAGGGGAGCUGCGCUGAAGCUGGGCCAGAUGAUCAGUUUCCAGGACUCCAAGAUGCUCCCGGCACCAAUUCAGAAAGUUUUGCAGAGAGUACAGGACCGGGCAGAUUAUAUGCCAGCCUCCCAACGAAACAAGGUAUUGGCAUCGAACCUUGGUCCUGAAUGGCGAGACCUGUUCUCCAGCUUUGACGAUAAACCGAUAGCUGCUGCUUCCAUCGGCCAGGUUCACCGUGCGGUAUUAAAAUCUUCUGGAACCCGAGUGGCAGUAAAAGUCCAAUAUCCAGGAGUUGCAAGCUCUAUUGAUUCUGACCUCAACAAUCUCGCAAUACUUCUCACUGCAUCACGCCUGUUACCAAAAGGCCUCUUUCUUGACAAAACAAUCGCCAAUGCAAGGGUUGAAUUGGGAUGGGAAUGCGAUUAUGUUCGAGAAGCAGAAUGCGGCCGUCGUUUCCAAGAGUUCCUGUCUGACGAGACCGACGUUUUUGUCGUACCAAAAGUCCUUCUAGAAGCAUCUGGGCCACAGGUCUUGACCAUGGAGUUUCUUGACGGAAUCGGUGUAACAAGAGUCAAAAGCUUCACACAAGAACAGAGAGACUGGAUUGGCACACAGAUUCUGCGACUUUGCCUUCGUGAAAUCACGGAGUUCAAAUACAUGCAAACAGAUCCGAACUGGACCAAUUUCCUAUACAAUGCCAAAACCAACCGCCUCGAACUCCUGGAUUUUGGAGCUUCAAGAGAAUAUCCCGCCAAAUUUAUUGAGAAAUACGCAAAACUCCUAGCAGCAGCUUCCAUAUCUGACAAAAACACUAUCCGCAGUCUCUCUAUCGAGCUAGGAUAUCUCACGGGCAAAGAAUCAAAGGCGAUGCUCAACGCACACACCUUAUCAAUCCUCACUCUCGCUGAACCAUUCUUGACUUCUUCACCAAAGAUUUACGAUUUCAAAGACCAGACUAUCACGGAAAGAGUGAAGGAGCAGAUUCCUGUUAUGCUCAGGGAGCGAUUAGCGCCACCACCAGAAGAAACUUAUAGCCUUCAUCGAAAGCUCAGCGGUGCAUUCUUGCUGUGUGCCCGCCUGGGUAGUCGAGUGCCUUGUCGGGAGUUGUUUGAGAAUAGUAUGAAGAAGGCUCGGGAGUCUGGACUCAUAUGA